AUGAACGGCGUCGCGAAGCCCUUCCGCGGCCCGCGCCGCUCGCGCCAGAGCCAUGGCGGCAGCAGCGCGAGCUCCAAAACGUCUAGACAGACGGACGGCGAGCUCGUUGUGCGCAACAUCGUGGACAUGGCGGCGAGCCCGGCGAGCCUGCGGAUGUCCAUGCGCAGGCGGGCAUCCCUCGAGGCCACCGCCGACGGCCAGGAGAUCCUCUGCGCCGCGCAAUCGAACAAGACCGCCCGGCAGCGCUGGCGCACUGCGGUGCGGAAGAUCAUUCUGACCAACAUGGUGUCGUCGCAGUUUUCGACGCUGCGGGAGAUGCACUCGGUCCCCGCGAUCCACCCGACGCAGCUGCAAUUCAUCCGGCAGCUCGGCGCGGGCACGUUCGGCCGCGUGCAGCUGAUGAAGCUGCGCAAGGCCGGCACGCCGAGCAGCAAGGUGGCGAUGAAGAUCCUGCGCCGGUCGACGCUGACGCGGUCGUCGUGCCAGGACUUCGUGAACGAGGUCAGCAUCCUGCGGCGGCUCAGACACCCGAACAUCAUCCGCUUCCUCGGCAUCGGGGACGACCAGGGCUCGCCGGUGCUGGAGCCCCAGGUGUCGCUGACCGACGCCGUCCACACCUUCCUGGUCCUCGAGUACUGCUCGGGCGGCAGCCUGAAGGACCUGAUCAAGAAGCAGAUGGCGAACGGGCCGGGGAACCUGGUCUUCGGCCACCGCGACGCGUUCGCCUGGCUUUGCGACGUGGCGGAGGGACUGGUGUACUUGCACAAGUCAAUACCCCCCGUGGUGCACCGCGACAUCAAGCCGGACAACGUCAUGCUGGCGCACGUCAAGGGGAGGUUCGGGUCGGGGUACACGGCGAAGAUCUCCGACUUCGGCACCAGCAAGGUCCUCGGGGUGGAAACCAUCAUGCAAAAGUCCGUCACGUUCCGGAAAACGGUGCUGCGGCUGUCGGCCACGGGCGAGGCGGAGCUCGCCGACACCGCGGGGGGCAGGAGCGACUUCGCGCCCCGGGAGAGCCUCGGCGGCGCGCAGUCGGCCGUUUCGGAGUACCUCAGGCAGAGCGUACAUUUGCAGCGCUCCGUGCCGUCCGGGGAGCUGCGCGUCAUGGAGGAGAAGAAGCGCACGGCGGAGAUGUCCCGCAGCCAGCGCAACUCCGCGCUGACCGACGGCGGCGGGUCCUCGCACGGCGCACGCGGGGCGCCGCACGGCGUGGACGUCGGCAGUGCUCUGGAGCUCCCGCCCACGCCCACGCCGCGCACCCCCGGGCUCGAGGGGCUGUUCCCCCCGCUGGCCGAGGACGAGGAGGAGGAGGAGGAGGAGGGCUACGAGGGCGUGCUCGGGAAGCUCGCGUUCGAGGGCUCGCAGCGGGAGGUCACCCGCCCGUCGCUGCUGGCGCGCCUGUUUCCGUGCCUGGGGCCCAAGGUCGCGGCGGUCGCCCCGGAGCAGCCAGCGCCGGCCAAGGACGCAAAGUACGCGCCGCUCGACCUCACCGGCGGGACGGGGUCGCUCCUGUACAUGGCCCCGGAGGUGUUCCGCAGCGAAAAGUAUAACGCCAGGGCUGACGUGUUCUCCCUCGGGAUGCUCGCGCUCGAGCUCUUCUCCCGGUGCCCCCUCACGACCACGCACAACCUCGCCUGCUCCGACGACGUCGUCCACUUCGCCCAGUCCAUCUCGAACGGCUGGCGGCCCGACAUCCCCAAGAAGCUCCCGCCCCCAUUCAAGGACUUCGUAAAAGCCUGCCUAGAGCACGACCCCGCCGUGCGGCCCUCCGCGCACGCGGUCGUGCGCAUGCUGCAGGAGAUGACCCCGGCCAUGCUCAAGUGGGCCCAGCAGCAGGACAUCGCCAUGGCGCGCGCGUCGAUGAAGUAUCGCGCCGCCACCGAAGACCAGCGGUAG